CCGAAUGGGAAGGAGAGGAGGAAGGAGGCUUAAAAGAAAAAAAAAAAAAAGCAAGGCAACUUCACGGCCGCCCCUCCAUAGUUCUGCUGUGAGCGCCUACGAGGGGUGUGCCUUCGGGAAAAUGCAUACAAAUCUGCCAUUGAUUUUCAUAAUGUUUCUGCGGUGUUUGAAAACCAAUCGUUUGAACCUCUGAGAUCUUACCUAAGUGAACCACUCCUACGCAUCUAAGUGCUCCAAACUGAUAUAUGACAAUAUCUACUUUGGAUCACGUGUUCCUCCGGAGCGACUAAGACGGAUCGCGCGUCAUCUCGCCUUCCCAAAUUUUUUCCCCUCCGCACAUCGGAUCCAAAACAUCUAUCUAUAGGAGCGAGAAAAGGAGAAAGAUGUUUAACUCAGUGAAUCUGGGCAACUUCUGCUCCCAGUCGCGUAAAGAGAGGAGCGCUGAGUUUGGAGAGCGGGCGGGUUGCGCUUCCAACCUCUACCUCCCCAGCUGUACCUAUUACGUCCCCGAAUUUUCAACUGUGUCAUCUUUCCUGCCACAGGCCCCCUCUCGCCAAAUCUCCUACCCGUACUCCACCAACCUCUCGCAGCCCGUGCGAGAGGUCUCCUAUGGUCUAGACCCCUCCAGUAAAUGGCACCAUAGAAGCAAUUACGCGUCGUGUUAUUCCGCAGAAGAUCUGAUGCAUAGAGAGUGCAUCCCGCCUUCCACCAUGACCGAAAUGCUAAUGAAAAACGAGAGCGCGUACAGCCACCACCACCCCAGCUCCAACCACCCGGCACCGACGGGAUUCUACGGCGGCAUGAACAAAAACACGGUCCUGCCCCAAGGUUUCGACCGCUUCUUCGAAAACGCGUAUUGCGGGGCUGAAAACCCGACCGAGAGCUGCGGGCAGAAAGGAGAGGGCAAAGGGGAGGCUGAACCCCAGAGCCACGCGCUGUCAUCCCGCGGAGAGACGGGGAUGGACCCGGAAGACGAAGAGGAGAACACAACUCCCGGCUCUUCAGCCUCGUCCUCCUCUGUCAACAAGGAAGGAAGCAAAAGCAGCAAUUCGAGUGCUCCCAGAACGAGAAAGAAGAGGUGCCCCUAUUCGAAAUUCCAGAUCAGAGAGCUGGAGAGAGAAUUCUUCUUCAAUGUCUAUAUAAACAAAGAAAAGAGGCUCCAGUUGUCUCGGAUGCUCAAUCUCACUGACCGACAAGUUAAAAUCUGGUUUCAGAACAGAAGAAUGAAAGAAAAAAAAUACAGGGACCGAUUACAGUAUUACUCUGGGAAUCCCUUAUUGUGAACAUCUUUGUAAUCCCCUCUGCUGGCGAAGUGUUUCGGGAAGGAACAGCCGCACUCGUGGCUUUGCCCUUUCAAGCCGACAAAGCAACCUCAAAGUUUGAACCUUUUCGUUACUUAACAUUUCUAUGUCUGGGACAGCUCAGAGUAACAAAAGGAGUGAAACGUUCUUUCAUUUACCAAACCUCUCCAGGACUCGAAUUCCACGAACAUUUUAUUUAACUUUUUUUUUUUUCUUUCCUUUUUUUCUUCUUAUUUUUG